AUGGGCAAUAAUUACGAAAAGAAUUUUAGCAAAAAGUAGAGAAAGAUUUUAGUUUUAGGAAUAGAAAAGAGUGGAAAAACAUGUUUUGUAUAAUGUGUAAAUGGAAAAGAAUUGAAUGAAAAUAAUUAUGUAGAAACAAACGAUCUUGACAUUAUUGAUGUUAAAAAGGAUAAAUUUUGGCUUUAGUUUUAUGAUUUUGCUGGAUGUGAAAGAAAGAGAAUCUUCUGGAGACAUCAUUAUAUUGGAGCUUAGGGAAUAGUUUUUGUGGUUGAUGGCAGCUCUAUGGAAUCAUUUUAAGAUUCUUUAGAUGCCCUUUAAUAGUUAUUGAAAGAAAGAAACCUUAUAAAGGUGCCUAUCUGUGUAUUUAUAAAUAAAUCUGAUAUUAAGGUAGAAGGUGAAAUUAAAAAUAAAGUAGAAGACUUGCUUAAAGAUGCAUCCAUUCCAGGAGAGAAUCAUAGAAUUGUAAACAAUAUACAAGGCAGUAAUAAACUAAAGUAGGGUCAUCAACAAGUUAUAGAAUGGCUAGCGAAGACAAUGGUAGAGAUUUGA